GCCACCAAUUGUUUUGUUGGAGUUUUGUGACACGUCAGUGAAGUGCAAUUUUCUGAACAAUUUUCUGUGCUUUUAGUGAAAAAUACUGCUGUAAUUUGUAAGAAAAUCUUCCACAGGUGUUAAAAAUGUCUCUCACGGAAGGACCAUGUUACACCAUAAUCAACUCACAGGACUCCGAGCCCUACAAUGAGAUGCAACUUAAGCAGGAUCUCGAAAAGGGGGACACAGCUGUGAAGAUUGAGACACUGAAGAAGGUAAUUCAGUUGCUGCUGAAUGGGGAAAGGUUGCCGGGUCUCCUAAUGACCAUUAUGAGAUUUGUGCUGCCACUCCAGAAUCACACAAUCAAGAAAUUGCUCUUGAUAUACUGGGAGAUUGUCCCAAAGACAUCUCCGGAUGGCAAAUUGCUGCAAGAGAUGAUUCUCGUGUGUGAUGCAUACAGGAAAGAUUUGCAGCAUCCCAAUGAGUUUCUUAGGGGAUCUACUCUGAGAUUCCUGUGCAAAUUGAAGGAGCCUGAACUCCUGGAGCCCCUAAUGCCGGCCAUCCGGGCAUGUCUCGAGCAUCGUCACUCCUACGUCAGACGCAAUGCCGUCCUGGCCAUCUUCACCAUUUACAAAAACUUCGAAUGGCUCGUACCCGAUGGCCCAGAGCUCAUUGCCAAUUUUCUGGAUUCACAGCAGGAUAUGUCCUGCAAGAGAAAUGCCUUUCUCAUGCUCCUGCACGCUGACCAGGAACGUGCUCUAAACUAUCUGGCUUCAUGUCUGGAUCAGGUAAACAGUUUCGGAGACAUUCUGCAGCUGGUGAUUGUGGAGCUAAUCUACAAAGUCUGCCAUGCCAAUCCAACUGAACGUUCCCGUUUCAUCCGUUGCAUAUACAAUCUCCUCAAUUCCUCCUCCAAUGCUGUCCGCUACGAAGCUGCUGGCACUCUGAUCACCCUCUCUACGGCUCCGACUGCCAUCAGGGCAGCUGCCAGUUGCUAUAUUGAGCUCAUCAUCACGGAGAGUGACAACAACGUCAAACUGAUCGUACUGGACAGAUUGAUCGCAAUGAAAGAGAAUGAGAAUAUGGAAAGAGUGAUGCAGGAUCUCGUAAUGGACAUCCUGCGAGUCUUGGCUGCUCCGGACAUCGAAGUUCGUCGGAAGACUCUCAAUCUGGCCAUGGAUCUCGUAUCAUCGCGCAACAUUGAGGAGCUGGUACUCGUUCUGAAGAAGGAAGUCUCAAAGACUCACAAUAUCGAGCACGAGGACACCGGAAAAUACCGUCAGCUACUGGUCAGAACCCUGCACACUUGUUGCAUCAAGCACUCAGAGAAAGGAGAACGUCCUCAGUUCCCAGAUGUUGCUGCAACUGUAAUUCCAGUUCUUGUGGAAUUCCUGUCUGACACCAAUGAGCUGGCAGCCACUGAUGUCCUGAUCUUCAUCCGUGAAGCCAUUCAGAAGUUUGACCAUUUGCGUUCAUUGAUCAUUGAAAAGUUGAUUGAAUCCUUCCCGGCCAUGAAGUCAGUGAAGGUGCAUAGGGCAGCACUUUGGAUACUCGGUGAGUAUGCUAUGUCCGCCAAGGAUAUUCUGCAGGUGUUUGAAGUUGUCAGCGAGACUCUGGGAGAAGUGCCGAUUGUCGAAGCGGAACAGAAAAAAUUGUUGGGCGAGCAGACGGAGGAGGAGCAGAAGAAAAAUGUGGGAAGUGUGCCAUCCAACAAAGUCACAUCUGAUGGCACUUAUGCCACUCAGAGUGCUUUCAGUGUGGCUCCGGCUCCCCUCAAGGAACAAAGACCUCCUCUGCGACAAUACUUCAUGGAUGGUGACUUCUUUGUGGGCACUACACUUGCAGCUACACUCACAAAAUUGGUGCUGAGGUACAUUGAUGUGGAGGCAAACGAACAGAAGCACAAUCGUUUGUGCACUUCAGCUAUGCUGACAAUGAGUUCAAUUUUGCAUCUGGGCAAAUCUGGCUUUCCCACGAAGCCCAUCACGAAUGACGAUAUCGAUCGUAUCUUCCUGUGUCUCAAGACACUGAGCGAACGCACGCCGGGGAUUGUGGAGAUCUUCAAGGGGACUUGCCGUGAGGCUUUGGCCACGAUGCUAAUGGCCCAGACGGAAGAGGAGACGCAGGCUUUGAGGGAAAAACAGAAGGCAGCUGCUAAGGUUCAGGCAGAUGAUCCUGUGACAUUUGCUCAGUUGGCCAGUGGAAGGAAUGAUCAACUGGGAGAGAAUGUAUUCGAAUCGAGUCUCAAUCAGGCAUUGGCUGGGACAAAGAGCACAGCUCUGUCGGAUGUGGCAUCGCCCACAAGUAAAUUGAAUAAAGUGACGCAAUUGACAGGAUUCUCCGAUCCUGUCUACUCCGAAGCUUAUGUCCAUGUCAAUCAGUACGACAUUGUCUUGGAUGUGUUGAUUGUCAAUCAAACCAGUGACACUCUACAGAAUUGUACCCUCGAGCUGGCUACUUUAGGAGACUUGAAACUGGUUGAAAGGCCACAUCCUGUUGUCCUGGCUCCUCAUGAUUUCUGCAACAUCAAGGCUAAUGUCAAAGUUUCCUCCACGGAAAAUGGAAUAAUCUUCGGAAAUAUUGUGUAUGAUGCUGGAAAUGUAACCAAUUGCGUGGUACUCAAUACCAUCCACAUCGACAUUAUGGACUACAUCCUUCCGGCUACGUGCAAUGACACAGAAUUCCGACGAAUGUGGCAGGAAUUUGAGUGGGAGAAUAAAGUUGCAGUCAAUACAACUCUCACGGACUUGCAUGAGUAUCUCAAGCAUUUGCUGCAUUCCACCAAUAUGAAGUGUCUGACGCCGGAGAAGGCACUUUCCGGACAAUGUGGCUUCAUGGCUGCCAAUAUGUAUGCAAGAUCUAUCUUCGGAGAAGAUGCCCUGGCUAAUCUCAGCAUCGAGAAAUCUGUCGAGAAUCCCAAUGCUCCAGUUAUUGGACACAUUAGAAUCCGGGCAAAGAGUCAAGGAAUGGCCCUCAGUUUAGGCGACAAAAUCAACUUGACACAGAAAGGACCGCAGAACAAAAUUAUUUCGGCCUACUAAGGGGUUCAUGUCUGUAGACCAGUUUCAUUCCGCGUAGGGCUCUUCAUUGCAAAACAGUAUGGAAUUAUUUAAUCGCUACAUUAUAUUUUUUGAUCAAUAAAAUAAAAGAAAGUAUCUUGUGUAAAACCUUA